GAUUGUUGGAGGAGUGGUGAAGGGGCUGCUGGGAUGGGUGUGGACGGUGCUGGAGUGAAGUUGGAGCUGCCGUUCAUGCGCGUCUCUUUAAAGGCUAUGCCGUACUGUAUUGACUGUUGCUUUACCUUGUGGCAUGCCCUGAUGGGUGAUGGGGAUGUACCGAUUGUAGUCUCCUGGUCGUAGGGUUGGCCCGCUACCAUGGGGGCGUGUGGCAGGCUCACGUGCUGCGCGGAUGCGCCAUACCCCACAUGCGGUACGAACGAUGCACACAGGAAAUUCCUUCAUGUAACAUUGUAACCGUCUAUAUGUCGAGAUUUCAUAAUAAUUAUAAGUAAAUUUAACGCAAAGAGUACUAUCGGACUUGCGUGCGGUAAGCAGCAAAUCGACUUCAGCAAGACCGGAUGUCCGCUCUCACAGCCCAGCGCGUCGUCACCUCGCGGGUCUUGCAGCCCCAAUUGCGCUUCAGUUGCCAUAAAUUACCUCUGCUGAGGCGCCGCAGCGUAUGCGUCCAUGUGUCGUUGCACGAUGCGCCACAAGAAGCUCCGAACUCCGCCCCAGCACACGUGUCUAGCGAGGAAGCCAAAAAGCGCAACGAAGAUUCUCUUGCUCGCAUUUUAAACAAUUUUGCUGACGCGAAGGCGCAAGGCCUUUUGCGAGAGGCGGAAGAGGAGGACGAGGAUGAGGUGCAGGGCGACGAGGGCGAGGACUGGGUCUGGUGGCGCUCUGACGACCAAACGGCGACUAGCCCUACAGCCAAUAGCAGUGAAGAUUCUGCAGCAAAGCCUUCUCAGUAAUCUUGCCGGGGGCUGCUACUGCCGGCACAAAUAUGACGGCCUCUACCGUGACCUAGGCCGAAAGUUGCGCAGGGCUGGAGCCGCCCUGUUGCCUUCUAUUUAACGCAAUCAAGCGGAGGAGCAGCCGUCGGUACCAGAGUGCAGUUGCAGGGACAACCGCAGCAGUUACCCAUACUGAGUGAGUGGAGACACUGCGGAUCGGGGCACUGCACAGGCAUCAGCAUGUUUUACAGUCCGCGUCUCCCAGCAGUCCUGAGCCACAAGCAGCCCUCUUCCAACCUCCGCCUUCCCCGGGCCUCGGUGACAGCAGAGAGUCGCUCCAUAAUUUGCUCGGCGCCACCACAGCCUGCCCCCUUCCACCACCUCCAAAUGUACCGCAUCCUGCAGUAAACACGGCUUUGCUCCAUUUCCCACAUCGUCCACCCGUCACGAAUGCGUGACUCACCACUACACUCCACCUCGCUUCGCCUGACUAUCCCCGCACUCCUCCUUACCUCGUCUCGCACCUCGGGUGGAGGUCAACGGCCUCAAGACACAACAAACCCACGAUCACCACGGAGCAGCCCUCCUCCCAAGCAGGAUUUUCAUGCGGCAGCAACAGCAGCAGCAGUGCUGCAGGAGGUCCCGCCCAGCUGAAUCAUGACCCCCACCCGGGACGGUCCACCACCUCCUCCCCAGCUAGAGCCGAGUUGCUGCAGCGGCAGCAGCAAUACGCGGCUGCUGGGGCCGUGUGCGGCGCCGUUAUCCUGCUCUCUUUCCCCAUCCUGCUGCUGCUGGCGGACCGCCUGGAAGCCUUCCGGACCAGCGAGCAAGUUGGCGGUGGGACGCCUCCUUUUGGUGCCGUACAGUGGCUGGGGCGCCAACAUGGGUUGGGGCGGCGGCGGUGGCUGGGGCGUCAAGCCAAGCAGGGCAGCACACUUUACAUGGAGGUCCCCCUCGCAGAGGGCCGCCUUGCAGGCAGGGGCCUGAUGGCUCCAGGCUGCCUCCCACCAGCGCAACAAGCCCGCGCCUCGCCGCCCUGUCCCGCAUGCUGCUGCCGUACAUGCGGUGGUGCGCUGCGGCACCCGCUGCUGCUCUUCACAUGCUGUGAGUGUGGUCGUACAGCUCCGCCUGGUAGCCGCGCCUGGGGGUGGGAGGGGGAGGGAGAGAGGGAGGGAGAGAGGGAGGUGGAGAGGGAGGGGGCGUCAGGAAGGUUGUGGAGGAUUGGGCUGGCGGCAGACUAUGCGGUGGAAGGCAGGCUGCGCGGUAGGAGGGGAGAGUGAUCGUUGCAUACGAGCCGCGGUAAGCGGGGCUGCGGCAGGGCUGGGGGUAGCUAACCCGUGUGUGUGUUUGGUGGAGGAGAUGGAAUGCGGUGCCGCACGGCGAUGGGACGGGUAAUAGUACGGCAAUGCUGCCACUCCCUCCCGCCCCUCCAUGCAUAAGCCUCCUCAGUCCUCACCACACGGCUCGGAACUCCUCCCGCGCGGAGGCGAUCUUGGCCUUCAGGUUGGGCAGCCGGAAGGUGGCGUGCAGCAGCGGCAGACCUAGACCUGCACGGGCGGGCAGGGGGAGGGGGGCGUAUAGGACCUUGGUAACGGAGGAUGUUUAACUAGCAAGGGAUGGGGUCAGGAUUCUCAGGAAGCUAGUUCUGAGAUUGCGUAAUUUGGUUUGGGGCAAUAGCAGCGGUGUUGGUAGGACGGCUAGGACGUAGGUCCCGGUGUGUAAUUGUUUUUCGGGAUAAGGAACGCGAGCCGCUAUAGAGCAACGGGACUUUGCCCGGCAUGUUGGCAUGUGUUUGCCAGCGCAGCUGUGUGACGUGACUCUUGUGGCGCUGUAACGCACGCGCGCCGUGCCCGUACAUGUGCACCGCAUGGUCUUAAUGUGUGUUGUGUGGCAUUUGGCCUACUAGGGGUGUAGUGCACCCGGGCCCUGUUUAGGCGACCCUAGUGACGGGUUCGGUCGGAAGGUGAAGACGGCGGUGGUUCGGCCGACAUAUCCCGCCUGAACGGGCCAUAACUGUACGGCGACACACCGCUAUCCAGCGGUAUAAUCCCAGUGGUAUCUUCCCAGUUCCACCCUACCGG